UUUAAAUAUAGUAAUAAAAAGUGUUGUACUUUUAUAUUAUCGUAAUUUUAAUUUUAUCUUCACGAUAAUAAAGAUACUGUUCUAAAUUUAAUUAUGAACAUAAAGUAAAAUGGGCAUCUCCUCAAAUACAGUACUUUAUUUUAACCAAAUACGACCAAAAAAGUAUAAUUACAAUGUUUUCAUCAGGAAAUUCACAUCCAUAGCUCAAAAGAAAUUGGAGGAAUGCUACUAUAUCCUCAAUAUACCGCUAAAUUCAAAGCAAGAUGUGAUCCGUCAAGCUUUUCUGGACCUGGCCAAGAAAUAUCACCCAGACUCUGGCUCCCCGGAUGCGGAUAUGGAUAAAUUUGUAGCCGUUGAGAAUGCAUUCCGGACGCUGACCAAACACAACAAUGGCAACAUGGAGGAGGCUGAUAAAAUUGUCUAUGAUAUUAGACACACAGCGCCCCAGCACCGUCAAUACCUAAGUUUCGAAGGUAUCGGCUAUGGUACUCCGUUCCAGCGGCAAAAGCAGUGGGCACAAACAAAAGCACAAAGAGCAGCCAGCAACGUCAUGGAACACCGCAUGUCUAAGGCUGUCGCUAGUGAGAAUACCUUAAUGAAAAAAGGCCAGUAUGGACAGAAGCAUGAUAUUAAAACAAAGUAUGGAUUCGAUAGACUCGUAGAAGAUCUAAUACAGGAGUCCAUGUCGAAGGGGGAAUUUGAGAAUUUAAGUGGCAAAGGGAAACCUUUGAAAGACCAAAACACGAAUCCUUAUGUGGAUUUUACCACACACAAGUUGAAUGAGAUGCUUAUCAACAACGGUUUCACACCAGAAUGGAUAACAAUGGCCAAAGAAAUAGACGAAGAUAUUGAGGCAUUAAAGAUGGAAGUAAAACGUGACAGAAUGUCUCUAGGCCCUCAUCCCCUGAAUGUCACAGAAGAAGCCAAAUGGAAGGAACUAUGUGACAGCAAUAGAGAUUUAGCUAAAUCUAUUAAUAACAAAAUUAACACCUACAAUUUAAUCGUACCUUUAAUAAAUAAGCAAAAGUUUCACGUUGAAAUUGAUAGCAUUUUUGAGGAUGUGUUAAAGAAUGGCGUUGAUAGCACGAACAAGCCGAUUGAAGAUAAAAAGGCAGAUGUAAAAAACUCAGUUAUUGUUGAUAAUAAUGAGGAUUUCUUUGGCACAUUCUUCAAGGCGUUAGGUGAAUUGUUGACAUUUAAAAAAGAGAAGAAACAAUGUUAAAAGUGUCUAGAGCAAUAGGUAGUGUUUAUCCAUGUUACCGUGAAACUUCUAAUAUAUUUUUGAAUUUUUAUAUUUCUAUUUGCCUAAAUAGUAACUGAGGUGAUUAGAAAUAAUGCAAUUGUUACAUUUAGUUUUGUUAGUACAUUUUUUAUAUACU